AUGAAGGACAUUUUCACUUAUGAGUCAUUCCGCGUUAUGGAAGGAACAACAGUUUCUGUUAAAUCCAGAACUGUUACAGUUUCAGGGAAGUUUGGCCAGGUUACAAGAUCCUUUAACCAUUUACCAGUAGAUAUUAAGUUAUGUGGUAAUGGUAAAGUGGUUAGAAUUGAAGUAUGGUUUGGCACUCCACGUCAUCAAUCGGCAAUUAAUACUGUUUGCUCAGCAAUUAAAAAUAUGAUGGUUGGUGUAAUGAAAAAGUUUGAGUAUAAGAUGCGUCUUGUUUAUUCCCACUUUCCAAUUAAUUCAAAUAUUUUAAACAACGGUAGUUUGAUUGAGAUCAGAAACUUUUUGGGAGAGAAGAGAGUUAGAACUGUUAAGAUGCUUCCUGGGGUUGUUGUUGAGAAAUCUAAUGCCGUUAAGGACGAGUUAAUUAUUACAGGUACUGAUUUAGAGCUUGUAUCUCGUUCUGCAGCUUUGAUUCACCAAUGCGCUCUUGCAAGAAAUAAGGAUAUACGUAAAUUCCUUGACGGUAUUUAUGUUAGUGAAAAGGGUACCGUUGUUAAGGAUGAGUAA